AUGUCUUCCGUGCUUGUUCGAGAGUGCUUGAAACACGUCCUAAAUCCUGAAAGUCCACCACCGUGGGAUAGGGAGAAGGCCUACACUACCGACCUGAAAGAUAUUGAGGUGUAUUUUGAAAGCAUUGAAGGUGGUAAAAUGAUUAAAGUACCAAUUGCUCGAACUCUCACGGAAUUGACCCGACUUCCUGGAUUCUACGUCAGAAGAGAUCUCGUGGUUUCGCUCUUUGUGGUAUCGAAACGUUCCAAGAAUUUCCACAAGAAAUGGUUGGAGGAAAUUUGA